GAGUCUGAAAGUGACUGUCCGCCCUGCCUUGGUCUCAGUAGCUUUUAACCGCGAAUCGUGGCCCACGAGCCGGACUAGCUGUCUCCGCGGGUCGGCGUCACGCCGUCCCCUGCGCUCUGCCCGCGGAGUGAGCCGGGCCUCCCCGCGAGGACGGGAAAAUGCCUAAAAAAAAGACCGGUGCCAGGAAGAAGGCAGAGAACCGCCGGGAACGGGAAAAACAGCUGCGAGCAUCCAGAAGCACCAUAGAUUUAGCUAAACACCCGUGCAACGCCUCAAUGGAAUGUGACAAGUGUCAGAGGCGGCAGAAGAAUAGAGCAUUUUGCUAUUUUUGUAAUUCUGUACAGAAGUUACCAAUUUGUGCACAGUGUGGGAAAACAAAGUGCAUGAUGAAGUCUUCGGACUGUGUCAUUAAGCAUGCUGGUGUGUACAGUACUGGCCUUGCGAUGGUGGGUGCAAUAUGUGACUUCUGUGAAGCUUGGGUUUGUCACGGUAGGAAAUGUCUCAGCACUCAUGCCUGCGCCUGCCCUCUUACUGAUGCUGAGUGUGUGGAAUGUGAACGAGGUGUCUGGGACCAUGGAGGCAGAAUAUUUAGUUGUUCUUUCUGCCAAAACUUUCUCUGUGAAGAUGAUCAAUUUGAACAUCAAGCCAGCUGCCAGGUUUUAGAGGCGGAAACAUUUAAAUGUGUUUCAUGUAAUCGGCUCGGUCAGCAUUCUUGUCUCCGUUGUAAGGCUUGUUUCUGUGAUGAUCAUUCAAGGAGCAAGGUGUUUAAACAAGAGAAAGGAAAACAGCCUCCCUGCCCCAAAUGUGGACAUGAAACUCAGGAAACGAAGGAUCUCAGCAUGUCAACACGCUCCCUAAAAUUUGGCAGGCAGACUGGAGGUGAAGAGGGAGAUGGAGCUUCUGGGUAUGAUGCCUAUUGGAAGAACCUUUCAUCUGAUAAGUAUGGUGAUACCAGCUACCAUGAUGAGGAGGAUGAGUAUGAAGCAGAGGAUGAUGAAGACGAUGAUGAAGCUGGAAAGGAUUCAGAUGCUGAGUCAUCAGAUUUGUUUACUAGUUUAAAUUUAGGAAGGACCUAUGCCAGUGGCUAUGCGCACUACGAGGAACAAGAGGACUAGGGGAGCUGCUUGCCCACUGGUGACCUUGUCCGAGGGAGCAAGAAAGUGUGUGCUUGGUGAGUUGUGUGGGUGUUCAGGAGUACUGUCACUUAGCCUUGUGCAAAAGACUGGCCAGACUUACUGGGACAAGGAGGAGGGCAUAGCAUUUUUAUAGGAACUGAUAAUCAGGCGUAUAACAUAAGAAAAUGAAUUUCAAAUGUAACAUGUUUAUCGAUACACGCAAUUGAAACAUCAUGAAUUGGAUUUUUACUGAUUUCAGUAAUCUGGUAGGUUUUGCCAAUUAGAUACAUAUAUAGGAUAAAGGAAUAGGAGGGUAAUAUAUUUGAAAUUAAAUUGCUGUUUUUAUGAAAAAAUACUGCUUAUAAUUCAUUCUGUUAUGAUUUUGUAAAAUGAAUUGUAUUUUUCCUUAUAUGUCCACAGAAUAUAAGUCAGAUGUUCUAUGCUAAAUUUUCAUUAAAUUUUUGUGUCAUCUUACAUAGUCAUGAUGUGUGUGCUUUAGCAACUGAUUCAUUUAUUUCUUUACAUUGUACGUCCUGAACAGUACCUAUUAAUGCCUAAAUGUACAAAGGCGACUACAUAGCCAUGUUUCAGACACAGAAUCAGAAAUAGAAUUAUUACACAGAUGCUUUGCCCAGGAAAUUUCAUUUCUUUUUUAAUAAAUCUAAUAUUACAGUUA